CGACCUGUGGGACAGUGAAGGUGUGAGCACCGAUCUUUAAAUUCAGCAUGGAUUUCCGCUUCCUGGCACCAGCCAGGCUGUUUGCCUGGGCUGGCCGGGCGCGCCAGAGGCGCUCUGUUCACCAUACAUCAGUGCCUACUGAAAUGGCUGCAUGGCAGAUUCACAAAUAUGGGGGACCAGAAGAAUUGGAGCUGACUACCUCCCGCCGGCUGCCGCCCAUCACGUGCCCCACCGAACUGCUGAUCCGCGUGCACGCCGCCAGCGUGAACCCGAUCGACACGGCCAUGCUGGGUGGCUACGGCAGCCGGACAGUGAACGUGAUGCGCCAGCUGACGGGCGCGCUGGAAUUCCCGCUGACCCUGGGCCGUGACCUGUCCGGCGAGGUGGUGGCCGUCGGCGGCAGCGUCAGUCAGUUCCGGCCGGGUGACCUGGUCUGGGCGGCUGUCGGCCCGCAGCGGCAGGGCGCGCACGCAGAGUACGUGACGGCCGCCGCCGACAGCGUCUCCCUCAAGCCGCGCUCUCUGACGCACGUGGAGGCGGCCUCGCUGCCGUAUGUGGCUGCCACCACCUGGUCGGCGCUGGUUGUCACCGGCGAGCUCUGGAACGAGGCGGCGCGCCGCGGCCGGCGCGUGCUCGUGCUGGGCGCCUCCGGCGGCGUCGGCUCACUGGCCGUCCAGCUGCUCAAGGCCUGGGGCUGCGAGGUGACCGCCACUUGUGCCGCCGACGCCGUGCCGCUGGUGGAGUCGCUGGGCGCCGACGUGGUCCUCGACUAUACCUCCCCGCGGGCCGACGAGCACCUCGCGCUCAUGCAGGGGUACGACCUGAUCCUCGACUGCAGCGGCCAGAGCAGCGAGGGCCGCCUGCCAUUGCUCAAGCCGUGGACGUACAGCAAGUACGUGACGCUGUCGCCGCCACUGCUGCGUAACGUCGACGAGGGCGGACUGCUGGCUGGCUCGCUACGUAACGCGGCGCAGCUGGUGCAGAGCAACAUCGCCAGUCACAGCCGGGGCAGCAGCUUCAGAUGGGCUUUCUUCAUGCCAAAUGGUUGUGCUCUGAGACAGAUUAGGGAUCUCGUCGAUGACGGAAAGAUCCGUCCGGUGGUGCAGCACGAGGUGCCGUUCGAGGCGGUGCCGUCGGCGUUCUCCCAGGUCGCGGCCGGUCACAACCGGGGCAAGACGGUGAUCCGGGUGGUGGCGGAGCCGCUACGCUCCAAGGCGAGCGACGACGAUGGCAGCGACGCCGAGCGGCCGCCGCCCGAACCAUGAGGCUCGCUCCACGCCGCUGUUGAGUGUACAAGAAAAGCAGGCAUUGGAACAGGUAGUAUCGCUUGAAAGCUGUUGGGGCUUCAGCCGUCUAAAAUUGGAACACUUUACCAAUUAGGAAAGUUUUGAUAUGGUUGAACUUUGUGCGUCAUGCUGUUUGUCAGAGCUAAUGGUGUGUUAUGUGUAGUGCACGUACUAAUUGGUGCAAGUGCGUGAGGGAGUGAGCAAAAAUUAAGAUGGCAGGAACCAUAUCACUGCUAUCAAAAAGGCCAGACCAACAUCAUCACAACUGCUCAUAUUCCCCACUGCCCUGUUAUUCAACAAAGUAUGACAGUGUACAUCCCUUUUAGGAUGUGAGGGCAAAAUUUAAAACAACCUUCUUGCACUAGGUGUACACUGGCAAUAGUGGCUACCGUGGGUCAAUGAAUCUUAUCACGUAGAGUACGAAGCGCAUUACCUCUGACCAGUGUGCGGGGGUAGAUGUAGGGACGAACCAUUCAUGGGGCCAUGAAGAGGUCUUCUGUGUUCGAGAUAAUAGUAGCAUGCAUUGGCUCGUCAGCAAUCUUCACUUGCUUGUCAGAGCACAACUUUUAUUUCACAUAAAAACCGCGCUGCAAUAGUGAUCGCAGCGCAAGAGGGGCACGUAGCCACGAGCUCUCCAAGCCAAUUCCAGUUUUGCCGCGCUUCCUUUUAUAUUGCUUCCGGAAAGCCAGGAAAAGGACUGUCACCCGGAACUCGAUAAUCGAAAAUCUUCAAACUCUUCGAAGAUCUUUUGCGGCCGGAGGAAAAGGCAUCCACUUGGGGAGUGCGUCUGCAGCUUAAAGGAUUCCUGUUUGAUUUUGGGGAGCUAGAUUUGGCCUUGGUGAGUUCACCCAUAACCAUCUUCCAGAGAGACGUCGUCGUGGGCGUUGUGGAGUAACUCCAGUAGGGUUCGCCGCUGUGAUGUGAUAUGUGGGUGUGUUAUGUCAUUUUUUGUCGCCAUAUCAUGUGUUGUAUUUGUUUCCGCUUCUGAAUGUGAGGAAAAUAAACAUUGAACCAUC